AUGGUUGCCACCAUCCAAGCGGGCCGCGCCCAGAACAAUUUCUUCUCCGGCGACGACGACAUUGUGCGCAGCAGGUCGGACGGACCUCAGGUGGCAGGGUGCUUGCUCGACAAGGUCUCCGCAAUCGUUGAGGAGGGAGGCAUUGCCUCGUUCGCUAACGACCUCCUCGUCGACCUGGCAGCCUGUUGCACAAAGCCGGCGCCGGCUGGAGGUGCCGCGUGCGUCGAGGCGCUCUCCUCCGCUUACUCAGCCAUCGGCAGCCUAGGAGGGCUGCCUGGCUUCGCACGUCCCAAGCCAGGGGUCGGUGCCGGCUUUGUCGUCGGCAACCUAAUCGCGGCCGCACGCAGCCGGCUCGGGGACGGCGGCGGCACCGCGCGGGCGGAGGAGCUGCUGACCCUGUGCGGCGAGGCGCAGCCGGGGGAGUGUGGCGUGAGGGUGAGAACAGCGACGGGUGGCGACGAUGACGACAACGAGAAGGGGGAGUUGUGA